CGAUGAGGAAGUGGCAUUGCUGUAAUGGGUAGUUCAGAAGUCAACAAAACAGUCAGCAAAAUGCAAUCGAUCUGUGCAGUCUGGAGAAAAGGACAUCAAACUGGUGAAGAAGACAAUGAAGGGUAAAGUAAACAAGACACAACAUGCGUCUAACAUAUGGGAUCUCAAAUACAGUAAUUACUCCAUCAAUUUUCUUUGCACCGUGUUAAUGAAAAGACAAUCAACCUUCCAUAAAUCCUCUUUCCAGCUUUAUGCUAAUGAGCAGUACAGAAAUGGAUGGUAAUAAAACAACUGCUAUUUGCAUUUUUAUGGUAUAUCCUCAUCACUGGUUUCAGAAUUUUUAGAAAUGGAUAUACUUUAUGAAGAGGAAAGAUCUGUGAACUCAACAGCAAAUUCCUUACAACUAAGCCAAGACAGAAAGCUCUACAGAAAUGUGUUUUUAUCUGGAGAGAUUAAUAGGUCUGAUGUGUGUAAUUUGACUUCAAACUUUGAAGAUGUAAUGAAUUGCUCUUGUGAGGGAAACCUGACUGCACUGUACAACACACCAUUAUUUCAUCUUCAUGAGAAAAACUGGCCUGCCCUGCUAACAGUUAUUGUGAUUAUUAUUACCAUUGCUGGGAAUAUUCUUGUCGUCAUGGCUGUAUCACUAGAGAAAAAGCUGCAGAAUGCUACAAACUAUUUCCUGAUGUCGCUUGCGAUAGCUGAUAUGCUCUUGGGUUUUCUUGUCAUGCCUGUAUCAAUGCUGACAAUACUAUAUGGGUAUGCAUGGCCUUUACCUAGAAACCUCUGUGCUAUAUGGAUCUAUUUAGACGUGCUUUUCUCCACCGCCUCCAUCAUGCAUCUCUGUGCAAUCUCUAUGGAUCGCUAUAUUGCCAUACAAAACCCCAUCCAUCACAGUCGUUUUAACUCAAGAACAAAGGCUUUUGCAAAAAUAAUUGCUGUUUGGACUAUAUCAGUAGGUAUUUCCAUGCCAGUUCCUGUGUUUGGACUACGUGAUGAUUCCAAAGUGUUCAAAAAUGGAAGCUGUUUACUUGUGGAUGAGAAGUUUAUCUUAAUAGGCUCCUUUGUGGCAUUUUUUGUUCCAUUAGCUAUCAUGGUGAUCACCUAUUUUUUAACUAUAAAAUCCCUUCAGAAAGAGGCCGCUUUAUGCAUUAAUGACCUUCGUUCAAAGACCAAGUUUGCUUCAUUCAGUUUCUUACCUCAGAGUUCCCUUUCUUCUGAUAAAUUCUUCCAGUGUUCUCUGAGCAAAGAAUUAGGAACCUCAGGAAGGAGGACAAUGCAAUCUAUCAGUAAUGAACAGAAAGCAUCCAAAGUACUUGGGAUUGUCUUCUUUCUGUUCGUUUUGAUGUGGUGCCCAUUCUUCAUCACCAAUGUGAUGGCAGUCAUCUGCAAGGAGGCAUGCAAUGAAGAUGUUAUCGGAGGGCUGCUUAACAUUUUCGUCUGGAUCGGUUACCUUUCUUCAGCUGUCAAUCCACUUGUAUACACGCUGUUCAAUAAAACCUACCGAUCUGCUUUCUCACGUUAUAUUCACUGUCGCUGCAAAGCAGAAAAGAAACCUUUACAAUUGUUCUUAGUGAAUACUAUUCCUGCUAUAGCAUACAAUUCAAGCCAACUUCAGUUGGCACAAAUGACAUGUUUUAAAAAGGAGUCUAAAUUGAUGGCCAAGGACUACUCUGCUGUGAAAACUGGAAUACGUUAUCUGGAUGGAAACUUAAAGGGCAAUACCAGCCAAGUGAAUGAAAAGGUUAGCUGCUUGUGACUGCAUGAGCCCAUCCACAGCUACCAUGGCAACCAUGGAAUGUUCUCCGAGACAUUUUCACCUAAGCUUUGGCAGUUUAGGAAGAACAGCCUAAUCUAGAGAACCAUUAGUAAAAUCACAGCUCAAUCCUGUUGUAAUAAAAAUCUGAAUUUAGAGGCUAUGAAAUUCUACUGGGGGGGGGAUCAAAUAAUAUUUCAGGUACAGAACAGGCUUUUAAAAAUACUAUGAAUAAUAUGAAUCUCAAAAAGAAUUCUAGUUUAAUGUAAUGUGAUAAUACAACCUGAAAAAACGUUGGCUUUUUUAAAUAUAAAGAUUUAGGCCUACAAUGUUAAUCAUUCAUGAAAUCUGCAAGAAGGGUUUUUGAUGUUUCUUCCACAGCACAUUUUAAAUUCCCCUGAAUUUCAAAAUGGUGUAUAUUUUGAAGGCUAUGAAAAGCUGAAUUGGAAAGACAGUGUUCAAUCACUUAGGGGAAUUGCAAGAUCCUGGGCAAUGCUUCACUUACCAACACAAUGGAUUUUGGUUUGGCAUUUUCUAAUUAUGCCAUUUUAAGUGUAUAAACACUUUCCACUAUUUUACAGAACAAGGAUUUAGGUAUAGAGCAAGAGUGGCAGUGGAGGGUAGACCACUAGGGUGAAUGGGGCAUUGCCCCACCAACCUCAGUCUUCCUUCAGCCAGUCCCCCCUGUCUGCUUUCUUACUUACAUCUAGUCCAGUCUGUGGUAGCUUUCUCCAUCUUAGUCUCAAUGGUUUCCCUUGUAGAACUCAGCAGGAAAAAGGAGAAAACUACAAUUAGUUGGCUCUCCCUAUCGUUGGCUACUGUUAGUCUCCCUGCCUUCCACCUUACUAGUCCCAAUGGGCAACAGCCAUCAUUGAAGGGUGGGGGACCUUUUUCAGCUUGAGGACCACAUUUCCUUGUGGGGAAUCUUCCAGGGGCCACAUGCCAGUGAUGGGAGGGACAGAGGCAAAAGUGGGUAGAGCAAUGGAUGUGCAUCUUACCUUUGAAGAGCGGGCUGCAUUUCAGCCAUGAAAAACUCGAGGUUUCUAAUACAUACACAUGCCUCCAUCCUCCAUGCUGUAGGGAGGGAAAGAUCUGUCUGUUUCGGUUCUCUCAAUUUCUCAUUUUUCCAAUGUUAAAUCCAGUUCUCUAAAUUUGUACAGCAAUCUGCAAUUUAAAAAAAAAUCUUCAUGAAAAUUCUCCGCCAUUUUAGUGUGAAUUUCUCCAAAUACAUUUUUGUAGGCGGUUUUGACAAA